AUGACUGAUGCCCAAAUGGCCGAUUUUGGGGCUGCGGCCCAAUACCUACGCAAGUCAGAGAAGGAGCGUCUGGAGGCCCAGACCCGGCCCUUCGACAUCCGCACUGAGUGCUUUGUGCCUGACGACAAGGAGGAGUUCGUCAAGGCCAAGAUCACUUCCCGGGAAGGUGGCAAGGUCACUGCUGAAACAGAGAAUGGCAAGACGGUGACAGUGAAGGAAGAUCAGGUGAUGCAGCAGAACCCACCCAAGUUUGACAAGAUUGAAGACAUGGCCAUGCUGACCUUCCUCCAUGAGCCUGCCGUGCUCUACAACCUCAAGGAGCGCUAUGCAGCAUGGAUGAUCUAUACCUACUCGGGCCUCUUCUGUGUCACUGUCAACCCCUACAAGUGGCUUCCAGUGUACAAUGCCGAGGUGGUGGGGGCCUACCGGGGCAAGAAGAGAAGCGAGGCGCCACCCCACAUCUUCUCCAUCUCUGACAAUGCUUAUCAGUACAUGCUGACAGACCGGGAAAACCAGUCCAUUCUAAUUACCGGAGAAUCUGGGGCUGGGAAGACUGUGAACACAAAACGUGUCAUCCAGUACUUUGCCAGCAUCGCAGCCAUAGGAGACCGUGGCAAGAAGGACAACGCUAAUGCAAACAAGGGCACCCUGGAGGACCAGAUCAUUCAGGCUAACCCUGCCCUGGAGGCCUUCGGCAAUGCCAAGACUGUCCGGAAUGACAACUCCUCCCGCUUUGGGAAAUUCAUCAGGAUCCACUUUGGAGCCACUGGAAAGUUGGCUUCUGCAGACAUAGAGACUUAUCUCCUGGAGAAAUCCCGGGUGAUCUUUCAGCUGAAGUCUGAGAGGAACUACCACAUCUUCUACCAGAUCCUGUCCAACAAGAAGCCAGAGCUUCUGGACAUGCUGCUGGUCACCAACAACCCCUACGACUACGCCUUCGUGUCUCAGGGAGAGGUGUCUGUGGCCUCCAUCGAUGAUUCCGAGGAGCUCAUGGCCACUGAUAGUGCCUUUGACGUGCUGGGCUUCACUCCUGAGGAGAAGGUUGGUGUCUACAAGCUGACAGGUGCCAUUAUGCACUAUGGAAACAUGAAGUUCAAGCAGAAGCAGCGAGAGGAGCAGGCUGAGCCUGAUGGCACUGAAGAAGUGGAGGAGGCAGUGCAGGAGUGCAGGAAUGCUGAGGAGAAGGCCAAGAAGGCCAUCACAGAUGCUGCCAUGAUGGCAGAGGAGCUGAAGAAGGAGCAGGACACAAGUGCCCACCUGGAGCGCAUGAAGAAGAACAUGGAGCAGACCAUUAAGGACCUGCAGCACCGACUGGACGAGGCCGAGCAGAUUGCCCUCAAGGGUGGCAAGAAGCAACUGCAGAAGCUGGAGGCCCGGGUGCGGGAGCUGGAGAAUGAGCUGGAAGCCGAGCAGAAGCAUAAUGUUGAGUCUGUCAAGGGCAUGAGGAAGAGUGAGCGUCGUAUCAAGGAGCUCACCUACCAGACAGAGGAGGACAAGAAGAACCUGCUUCGGCUGCAAGAUCUAGUGGACAAGCUGCAGCUGAAGGUCAAGGCCUACAAGCGCCAGGCUGAGGAAGCGGAGGAACAGGCCAACACCAACCUGUCCAAGUUCCGAAAGGUGCAACACGAGCUGGAUGAGGCAGAGGAGCGGGCAGACAUUGCCGAGUCUCAGGUCAACAAGCUUCGGGCCAAGAGCCGUGACAUUGGCGCCAAGAAAAUGCAUGAUGAAGAGUGA